CAGCAUCAGCGGACAGAACUUCGAUGAAGCUCUGGUGGUCUCAGAGUUGAUCGCAUCCAACAACAUCUGCGGAUACCUACUCGACACCGAGGACGACAGGCUCAUCUCGAUUCUUGCUAGAGCAUAUCUCAAAGCGUCUCACUCACUGGCGGAGAUGCUACUUGCUCGCAGCAACUUUGACGAGAUCGGAUGAAACCCGGCCUGUGCAGUAUGUAAAGCAGCUGGAUGAUUGUUUCGAGCAAAUGCCUCAGGUGACUUUGGCAUUGAGGAAGGGGGACUCCGCAGCUUUGCACAGGUUUUUCUUUCACGCGGCAAAGGAGGGCACAGAGAAAAUCGUCGAGAAGUUGUUGGCCGUCAAAGAGGUGAACCGAAACCACAGAGACGACGGAGGACAAACUGCGCUGUCCCAUGCAGCCGGCCGGGGCCACGUAAAGGUGGUGCGGCUCCUGCUCGAGGAUGGCAGCGCCGACGUCAACAGCCGGGACAACAACGGAUGGACACCGCUAUUUCACGCAGCGGCGCACAACCGUACCGAAGUUGUCAACCUUCUCCUGGCACAUCCGAACGUUGAUCCAAACAUCAAAGACCUCAAGCAGCGAACGCCGCUCUCAUAUGUUACGGAAAAUCGUUGCUUCGAGGUGUUCAAGCUACUCCUAGCAGACCCAGACGUCGAUCCAGACAGCAAGGACUUCGAGCAGCGGACCCCACUCUCGUACGCUGUAGAAGAGAAGUACUACGAUAUGGUCGGGAUCCUCCUCGACACUCAUGAGGUUGAUCCAAACAGCAAGGACCUCAAGGGGCGUACACCGCUGUCUUACGCCGCGGAGGUUGGCUCCCUCGGUGCUCUCCAGCAACUUCUGUACAUCAGUGACGAGGUCCAAGUCGAUUCGAGGGACACGAAUGGAUGGACGCCGCUGUUCUACGCGGUAGCUGGAGAUCGGCCAGAUCCGGAGCUCUUCAACCGGGAGAUCAUGGUGGAGGAACUGCUCGAUUUCAGGGCGGAACUGGACUGCAGGGAUAGGUUGGGAAGGACGCCGUUGUCAUACGCCGCUGAGAAAGGCAGGCGGUCUUUGGUCGAGCUCUUGCUCAAGUUGGGGGCUCAAGCCGAUGUCAAGGAUAACGAGGGUCGAACACCAGCGUCUUAUGCGCAGGCGGCUGGCUACCAGGAUAUCUACGACGUCUUGUCCAGGGAGGGCACGCUUCGGGACUAGUCAAGCGAGAAUUCCUACCCAAGAAUAGCUCGGGUCUGCUGAAUGCCACCAUCGUUUCUCAUGCU